CCGUAGGGCCCCCAUUCCAUUAACUCUGGUGCAGGAGUCGUGUGCCCGAAAACGAAAUCUUUGUUUGUGGUAGUCAUCAAUCAACUGGUCUGAGAGAAGAGAACGAUUCCGUUGGUUCGAAAAUUUGCAGUGUAACAAAAUCAAAUCAAAUACUUUCAGCGAAGCGGUGGUGAUUGCUUGCUCGCUCGCUCUGUUGAAUAAAUUUGUUGCUGUAAUGGAAGCUUUGCGGUUUCAAGCUAGCUUCUUCACUCAACUCGAGCUAUCCGUUUACAAAACUCGGACUCGAAGACGACUCGCGGCGCACGGGAAUCUUCAACUCUAUCCCGCACGCUGCGCUGCCGCUUUCGUUUUAACGCCUCGAGCGGCUUAUCUUCGCCGCUGCUACGUCAGCUCCUGCUCCGCUCACAAUCACGCCCACGAUCACAACCACGCCCACCGCCAUCACCACCAUGGCGACGAUGAGAGUGAUGAGCAGCUGACGAAACCGCAAGAGGUUCUUCUGAAAUUCGCGGACGCGAUCAGAUGGUCCCACUUAGCAAAUUUCUUGCGGGAGCAUCUCGAGCUCUGCUGCAGCUCCGCAGCUUUGUUCAUUGCUGCCGCGGCUUGCCCCUACGUGCUGCCCAAGCCGGCUGUCAAGCCUCUCCAGCGUGCCUUCGCUGUCAUUGCCUUCCCUCUCGUCGGGGUCUCAGCCUCACUUGAUGCACUAAUGGAUGUUGCUGGUGGAAAAAUCAAUAUCCAUGUGCUUAUGGCUCUUGCAGGCUUUGCUUCGGUUUUCAUGGGAAAUCCACUGGAAGGUGGCUUGCUUCUGGCAAUGUUUAAUUUGGCUCAUAUUGCUGAGGAGCACUUCACAAGAUGCUCCAAGGUUGAUGUAAAGGAAUUAAAAGAAAACCAUCCAGACUUUGCUCUUCUGCUGGAUGUGAAUAAUGAGAGCUCACCUAGUUUCUCUGACUUGAGAUAUCAAAAGGUUCCUGUCAGUGACUUGAAGGUUGGCUCAUUUAUAUUGGUCCAAGCUGGUGAGUCUGUGCCGGUGGAUUGUGAAGUUUUUCAAGGUAGAUCAACCAUCACCAUUGAACAUUUGACUGGAGAAGUUAAACCGUUAGCAAAAAAUGUCGGGGAUAGUAUUCCUGGGGGUGCAAGAAACCUGGAUGGUAUGUUGAUAGUGAAGGCCAAGAAGACAUGGAAAGAGUCGAUGCUGAGCCGCAUUGUCCAGUUGACUGAAGAAGCACAACUAAGUAAACCGAAACUCCAAAGGUGGCUGGAUAAAUUUGGGGAGCAGUACAGCAAGGCCGUGGUACUUUUAUCCAUUGCAGUUGCUUUGGUUGGGCCGUUUGUUUUCAAGUGGCCUUUCAUUAGUACCUCAACUUGUACUGGAUCAAUUUAUAGAGCACUGGGGCUUAUGGUAGCUGCAUCACCAUGUGCAUUAGCCGCAGCACCAUUGGCAUAUGUGACAGCUAUUAGUGCCUGUGCAAGAAAGGGAAUCUUACUUAAAGGUGGGCAAGUCCUUGAUGCUCUAGCUUCUUGCCACACUAUUGCAUUUGACAAAACUGGCACCUUGACAACUGGAGAGUUCAUGUGCAAAGCAAUUGAGCCAAUCCAUGGACAUGUCAGGGGUGAUAGAAAAGAGCUUGCUUCUUGUUGUAAUCCCACUUGUGAAAAAGAAGCCCUUGCUGUUGCUGCUGCCAUGGAAAAGGGUACUACUCACCCGAUUGGAAGAGCUGUUAUAGAUCAUAGUGCAGGGAAAGAUCUUCCUCCAAUUUCUGUUGAAAGUUUUGAGAAUCUACCUGGUAGAGGCAUUGUUGCAACAUUAUCUAGCAUUGAGGCAGGAAUUGGAGGUGGUCAACCAUUGAGAGCUUCACUUGGGUCUGUUGAAUAUAUCACGUCACUUUACGAGCGUGGAGAUGAAUUGAGAAAGGUUCAGGAGGCUGUGCGCACUUCUUCAUAUGGAAAAGAUUUUGUUCAUGCUGCACUUUCUGUUAAUGACAAAAAGGUCACUCUUUUUCACUUUGAAGAUAAACCUCGACAUGGAGUUUCAGAUGUUAUACGCACAUUACAAGAUGACCAAAAACUUCGUGUAAUGAUGUUAACCGGUGACCAUGAGGCAAGUGCAUUGAGAGUUGCAAAAGCUGUGGGUAUCACAGAAGUUCACUGCAGCCUUAAGCCUGAAGACAAGCUGUAUCACGUGACAAGCAUUUCAAGGGAUAAAGGGGGGCUUAUAAUGGUUGGUGAUGGCAUCAAUGAUGCCCCUGCACUUGCUGCUGCUACUGUAGGCAUAGUACUAGCUGAACGUGCGAGUGCAGCUGCUAUAGCUGUUGCAGACGUCCUACUGCUGCAGGACAAUAUUUCAGGUGUCCCAUUCUGUGUAGCCAAAGCUCGUCAAACGACAUCACUGAUCAAACAAAAUGUGGCCCUUGCCUUGUCUAGCAUUGCUGUUGCCUCUCUUACAUCAGUUUUGGGAUUUCUCCCCCUAUGGUUAACAGUGCUUUUACACGAAGGAGGCACGCUUCUUGUCUGUUUGAACUCCAUCCGGGCUCUCAACGACCCUACAGGAUCCUGGCAGGACAGUAUCCUGCAACUCGUGAACAGAUUAAGAUCGGUAAUCAUGGUUCUAAGGAGGCAUGGCAACAACAGCCAAAGCACAAUUGAAGCAGCAGUACCUUCAUGAUUAUUCUUGGGCUCGAAUUUGACAGCAGAUGCCAAAGGGGAUAGUCAAUUCAACCCAGGCCACAACGUAAGCAUCUCUAGGUAGUUUUGACACGGAACUGCCAAUAAAAACAAACACCAAGAAUAUUAUUAUUCAGAAUUAGUGUGUUAGCAGGAUGUUGCAAUGAACGGUUCAACGUUCAUAGGGAGUUAUUACGUUACAUCAAAAGACACGAGGACAAGAAGCCAGGAUAAGCAUCGAUUAGGUGUAGUAGUGGUCAUAGGAAACUCGUGUAGCAUUUUCAAAUGUACCCGAUUUAAAACCUACCCACCAAAGCUUUGUUUUACUCCAAUGUCGUUUCUCAAUAUAAAGUUAAAACAAUCAAUUUUUGGCAACAAUUCCUGUAAGGUGUAAACAACAUUUUUUUUUUUUGCGUGAUGGAACAAAAUUUGUAAUUAUUAGUCGAAAGUGUGUAUUGAAUAAUAAGGCAUAAGAAACUUGCAGUCAUUAUUAGAAA